AGGACAAAGCAAGAAGCUAUAUUCAAAAUAUUGUCUUAGUACAGAGAGUCAGUGACAGCACAGUAUGGCAGCCUGGACUGGAUGGAUACUCAUCUUGUGUAUAGUACUGACUGGACAAGGGUCAAGGGCACAGGACUGUGGAGUGGCGCCUUUGAGGACAAAGAUAGUGGGUGGUGACACUGCCACAGCUGGGUCAUGGCCCUGGCAGGUCAGUGUGCACUUUCAAUUGAGUACAAUUCGAGCACACAUCUGUGGAGGGACCCUCAUCAACGACCAGUGGGUCGUCACAGCGGCUCACUGCAUCUUAUCUACCUUACCUAGUGUGUGGACUCUCUACUUGGGAAGAGAAACUCAGAGUGGCCCUAAUGUUAAUGAGGUGAACCGCUCGGUGUCCCAGGUCAUUGUUAAUCCUAACUACAACAACACUUUAUUCAACAACGACAUCGCCCUCAUGAAGCUUACCAGCCCUGUCAAUUUCACCGACUACAUCAGACCUAUCUGCCUGGCAAGUAACUCCAGCCAAUUCCACAAUUCCACCCUCUGCUGGAUCACUGGCUGGGGCAGAACGGGAAAGGAUGAGCCCCCCCAAGCCUUUAAUAAACUACAGGAGGUCCAGAUUCCUGUCGUUGGAAAUAAGCAAUGCAGCUGCAACUACAAGCCAGAACCACUCGCAAACAUCACUGACAAAAUGAUUUGUGCUGGGCAGGAGAACAAAGGAGCAUGUCAGGGAGACUCUGGUGGACCUUUGCAAUGCAAACAAGGUUCAGUGUGGAUCCAGGCGGGCAUAGCUAGUUUUGGAGUACCUUGUGCUCUGGCUAAUUUCCCUGAAGUUUAUUCCCGAGUUUCUGAAUUCCAGACAUGGAUCAUGGAUCAAGUGGCUGGGGCAAAUGUUAGCUUUGUGACCUUCACCUCCAAUGGCACUGACCCAGACAGCAGCUUUGACUGUCGCAGUUCAGACUCUGUAAAUGCAAGGGCAACAACAAGUGAAAGUGAGAUUAUAUUGGUUCUCAUGGCAACAUUCUUCCAGCUUUACAUUUGAUCUCUAUAGCAUUGUGAUGGACCUGAAUUGAUAUUCUGUUGGGCAAUAUUUGAAUGAUUGUAAGUCAUGAUAGUGGUUUCAAAUAAACAGGUUAGCCGGCUGUCAUGAUUUGGUUUUGUAUUUUGUAUAUUUUCAGUGUUUCAUUCUUUCCUAGUGUUGCUUGUUUCCCGUGUGUUAAUGUGUCCUUGUGUAUGUUUAGUCUUUAGUGUUUCCUGGGUUCUUUUGUAAUUUCUUCUCCUUGUGUCUCUCUGUGUUCUAGUGUGUUUUGUUACAGUCUUGAAUUCUCUAUGUUUCAUGAUUUAGAUUAUAGUAGUCCCCAGUGUUGUCUUUACUCCUGCCUCUGUGUGUCCUCACCUGUGUCUUGUUAGUAUCACCUGUGUUUGAUUAUCCCUGUCUAUUUAGUCUCACUGUUCCUUCCCUCGUGUUGUCAAAUGUGGUAAGUCAGAUGGUGUUAGUUGUCAGUCUACGUCGGUCGUCGUCUACCAGUGUUUUCCUUAUAGCUCUUGAUUUUCUCCUGGUGGAUUUUUUGUUUAGUUUUUGAAGAAAGUAAGUGUUGUUUGCCAUUGGCCAUUUUGUUUAAAUAAAUCCUUUAAGUUUAAUCGUGCACUUGGGUCCAUCUCUUUACCAACCAUUCCAAGCUAAAUGAAAAGUUAGUGGUUGGUGGAUGAAAAAGCUUAGUUAUUGUGAUUCAUCCUGGGUCACGUUCCUUAUUUACGUUUUCACUUUAAGUCUAAAAAGGUUUCUUCCUUUUUUUUGAUCGAGGGGUUUUGUGCUAUUAAAGUAACAUCAGUCAAAGAUGUUUAAGUCUUAUGUCACUCCAGCAUGUUCAUGCUGUUUAUAACCUUAAGGUAAUGUUGCACUCAGCAGCAAAAAGAAGCAAAUAAACAAGAAGGGUAAGUACUUUAUUCCUGGUACCAGUAUAAAUCAUGUACUGUUUCGAUGGAAUCAGACCAAGGAGGAAAGUACAAGUUGUGUAAAAACAGUGUAGGAAUCUUCACCUGAAAAAAAAAGUAAGGGAAUGGAGGCAGACAUUUUUAGGA